AUGAGCACCCGUAGUAGUGGCUGGUGUGGACGAGGUUGCAGUUUGGCCCUGACCCUCGCUGGGUCACACUCCUACGGUCUCUUUCCUUGUACUCUGGCCUCCCGAAUAAUUAUGCCGCCUUCUCCUACAUCCACGCCGCCAACUACCGCUUCUCUCAGAGCAUGGUGGAAGCAGUUUACAAUCGUUCAGAAAUUAAAGGCAAAGGCGCCUUCGUCGUCAUCUCCAGGCGAGUUUACUACCAGCUUGACCGACCCACCUACACUACUCCGCUCGUUCGAUCAGACGACUCAUUCGCUGAUGCCCCUCUCAUCCUUUCCUUUUCGUGGUGUAUUUGGUGUACCGCUGCGGGAAAGUCUGCGCUACGCUAGCGUUCAAAUAUCGACUGCCAACCAGAAUGGGUACGAUAAUCCGUCUCUACGCGAUCACACGUUCUGA